CCCACCGGAAGUGGCGCGAGGGCCCAGCAGGCAGCACACGGAACCGGCAACGGCCGAGUGGGGGACGCGCGCGCGCGCGGGGCCAUGGAAGAGAGCGUGAAGCCAGGUCUGCGCAUCCGCGAGGGGGACUGCGUCGUGCUCAAGCGGGACGAGGUCUUCAAGGCGGUGCUCGUGCUGAGGCGGAGGAAAGUUAUUUUCGAAAAGCAGUGGUUCUAUCUGGAUAAUGCCAUUGGACGUGUUUAUGGAACGACAUUUGAGGUAUCUAGUGGUGGGAACCUUCAGCCAAAGGAAAAGAUGGAAGAGACUACCACAGAAACAAAAGAAGCAGGUACCGAUAAUCGUAACAUAGUUGACGAUGGAAAGUCUCAAAAACUGACUCAUGAUGACAUAAAGGCUUUGAAGGACAAGGGUAUUAAAGGACAGGAAAUAGUUCAACAGUUAAUAGAGAACAGUACAACGUUUCGAGGCAAAACAGAAUUUGCCCAAGAUAAGUACAUAAAGAAAAAGAAGAAAAAAUAUGAGGCAGUUAUUACAAUUGUAAAGCCAUCUACUCGCAUUCUUUCAACAAUGUACUAUGCAAGGGAACCUGGGAAAAUCAACCAUUUGCGAUAUGAUACUCUAGCUCAAAUGUUGACUUUGGGAAAUAUCCGAGCUGGCAACAAAAUGAUUGUGAUGGAAACUUGUGCGGGCUUGGUUCUGGGCGCCAUAAUGGAGCGAAUGGGAGGUUAUGGAUCCGUUAUUCAAAUGUAUCCAGGAGGGGGACCUGUUAGAGCAGCCACAAGUUGUUUUGGAUUUCCAGAAUCUUUUUUCAACACUCUUUAUGAAUUCCCUCUCAGCAAAGUGGACAGUCUUGUCUCUGGAACAUUUUCUUCUGAGACUUUGCCUUCAGAGCCCGAAUAUAAUGUUCCAGUAGAAGAAGAAAGCAAUGGGUCACUUGAUGAGAAGCAGACUUUGACACAGGAAACAGAAGAGGAAUCCAGUACUGAAGCAGUUAUGGAGAGCAAUGAAACAGAAGAGCAAGAAACAAUGGACCUUGUUGCUGAAGAUACAGAAUAUAAAGAGACCAAAGAAAAAGGAAAUAAAGAAAAUAUUCGGGAAAAACAAAGAAAACAACAAGAAAGGAGGAGAAAACUGGUGGAAACUGCUGCUUUGUUGGAACAGAAAAAUGCUGAUGGCUUAAUUGUAGCCAGCAGAUUCCAUCCAACUCCUUUGUUACUUUCUUUAUUGGAAUUUGUUGCUCCAUCCAGACCUUUUGUUGUCUAUUGCCAAUAUAAAGAGCCAUUAUUAGAAUGUUACACAAAGCUGAGAGAAAAAGGUGGUGUUAUUAACCUCAAGCUCUCUGAAACCUGGCUACGAAAUUAUCAGGUCUUGCCAGAUCGCAGCCAUCCAAAACUGACGAUGAGUGGAGGUGGGGGAUACCUUCUGUCAGGUAUCACUGUGACCGCGGAGAAGGUCCAAUCCAAUGCCAGCAGUUUAGAAGCACAGAAAAUUGAAGAACCAACAUCUAAAAAGCGCAAACUUCAAGAGCUUCAUUGUUAACAUCUGAAGAAUUGAUGUACUUUUAGUUCUCAGGAGUCUUACAAUUAGUAAUAUAACGAAUGUACUUUCCAUGCUCUUGACAACAAAGAAAAAUAUAUCUGUUACAUACCUGCCAACAGAAGCAGAGUUGCACUGUAGAGAAAAUUUUAUCCAUUGCCUCUGGUAACGACAUGACAGGAAGGAGAGAAAUUUUAGAGGCAACUUUGUGUCAGAACAUCUUUCUUAACAUAAUCAAGCAACAGACAUGUUAACAAUUCAUUAACUUCAGAAACACUUUCUGAUGAUCACAUUGAGAGAAACUAUUGGGUGAGAUUCAUGGAUUAAUGAAACCAUCUUAUUUGGUUGUUGCAGAAAUGAGUGAGACUAUGAAGUCCUCUACAGAGGAAGGGUUUGAAUUAACAUACCUAAUUUAGCUUCUUGUUUUACAGCUACAGCAGAUUAAAAUAUUUUGUACAGUGAUCUGCUUCCCUUCUCAAAUGCAGAACCCUGCCAUUUUAAGUAUUUUUUUUUAACCAGUCAGAAAGAGUGCAGCAAAAUCAUGCACUUUUAUUUGUAAUGGGAAAACAAAAAGAAAGAGAAGGAUCAUUGAAACCAAAUCAUCACGUCUUGGCCUCUUGUUCCUGAAAGGAAGAAAUGCAAAACAUCGGGUGUAUGUCUGUAAAUUAAAAUACCAAAUGUUUAAAAUGUUUCUAUUACUAUUGCAUAUUUUCUUUUUUUGAAAGCUGGAUUUGUAUUAGUUUUUAUUCUUUUUAAUGUGACAAAUUUGAAAAUUUCCUUAUUUAUUUUACUGUUUUGUCUCUACUAGGUGUCUAGAAUUUUUGUUAAUUUGCAAAACACUUCACGUUUGCCAUUUCAAUUAAACUCUCAAAAAUUUUCUUCUAAA